AUGAUCACGUCCACAUCCAUGUCCCAGCUCGUCAAGUUUGCGGGCCCCUUCAUCCUGAUCCUCUGGUCCGUUUGGUACUUGGGCAUCUCCCGCCAGCAUGUCCAGUCCCUCACCCGCCCGUUCCGCAACCAGAGGGAGCUCUUCAUCAAGGACUUCCUCGAACACGAGAUUGACGGCCGCUUCGACGGCGCUGCCAUCGAGUCCCUAUGUGCCAGCAAGCAAUGGACCCCGGGCUUGAUAAUGAGCUGCGACGCCGUUCCGGGGGGCAUCGGCGACGUGCGAAACGCCCAUCUACAUUGCCUUCGCUUUGCGAUCGAGGCGGGAGCUGCGUUGAUAUUGCCCGAAAUCAUCCCUCGCUCCGAAGACGACAUCAAAUCCAUCAACGGGCGGCCCGGCGUAACUCUCGACUACUACUUCGACAUGGACCAUCUGCGCAACGUGCUCACGACGUACUGCCCACAGAUGAGGGUGUACGAGUCCAUGGACGACCUCUACAACGUGCCGGAGGCCAUCAGUGCUCUCCAGUUCAGCAUCGGCGACACCAACAAGAACUGGCUCUACGGCAACGUCAUGGCCGAGCCGGAAAACUGGCACCAGCAGUUCCACAAAUUCCUCGACGAGAAGCUGCCUGUCAAGGAGAGGACGAACCCGUUCCGCGUCCACCUGCAGCGCACGCAGUGGAUGUGGCCGACGGCCAAGGACAAGGCGCCCGUGGCGUCGUCGUUCGGCCGCAUGCUCCGCAUCCGACCGGACGCCCGGCGGCUCGCGGCGUCGGCGCUCUUCACGCUCGGAUCUCGCUUCCGGCUCAACCUCGACCCGCGCACGCGGUACCACCCGUCAAGCUUCGUUGGCGUGCACCUGCGCACCGAGGAGAACGUCGACGACAAGUACCCGGACUACACGACGCAGGCGGCCAACUACUUCCACUGCCUGUCCGAGUCCCAGUCGCACAUCGCCUUCCUCGCCACGGGCGCCACCCAGGACAACAUCACGGCCUUUGUCGACCGCGCCGCCGACUUCAACGUCACGGUCGUGACGAAGCUGGACAUCCUGGACGUCGAGGAGAAGACCGCGCUCGGGAAGCUGUCGUGGGACCAGCAGGGGCUCGUCGACUACGAGAUCAUGCUGCGCGCGGGCCUGGUGGCGGGUGUGAGCGCGAGCGGCUUCGCGUGGAACCUGGCCCUGAGGCGGUCGUACGCGUUCGGGGAGGGGCCGCGCAAGUCGCCCUCGUCGACCGCCGAGACGAUCGCGUGGAAGGACGACUACACGAUCCUGUACGGGAAGCACGAUAACGCCUUCGGCAUGAAGUCGACGAUAUGGCCAUGA